AUCUAGAGUCCGCGAACAGCCGUUAAAACAAGAGGAGAACAAGCAAGUGCACAGAGUUGCUUUUAUUCGCGUGUUUCGUCGGAUUUGUUUUCGUUUUAUACUUGGUGAAAAUGUCAAGACUGGAUAAGUUACAUUCUAACCUGAUGAAGCGAAUGUCAAUUGUCAUUCGUGAUAUUUGGGUGGAGGUGGAAGCGACGGUGAAGGACUAUCAAAAGGAAGCAGCCCAAACACGGUCAGAAAACGCGAGGCUGAAACAACAGCUCAAGGAUGCGCUGAGCAGGAAUCAGGCACAAUUAAACGGAGUCCACUAUGUCCCUCCUGAUGAGGCCCCUCCCACAGAAUUACCAGCAUGUGGAUAUGAAUCAGAAGACCCAGAAGAUCAGCAAACGGAGGGCGAUGCCCAGAGUCAGGAUUCACCUAGUGAACUGAAGCCACGCAUACUAGAUGUCAUUUCAAUCUGUAAGACCGAGGCUGAGGAUAGAGAGCUAGGGCAUCAAAAAGAUGUCUCAUCUUCAGGUGAACAACGGCUCUUCCCUCAGUUUGACAGCUCGAGCGCGGACGAGGCAUGGAACAGGAACGCGGCCACUGUGGCAGCACCCAGGGUCAAGAUCGAGCCCGAGGACACCAUUAUCACAAUAACCUCUUCAGUCACCACCACCCCUGCCCACACCGGUCCGUGUCAAGCCUCAGAACCCGCCCACCAGAUGAGAACAGCCAGUGGCGCUUCAACCCUGUUGAGGAGGCCGCAGAAAAAGGAGCGCCUUCGCACUCGAUACACCAUGCCUAGGAGAGCAUCCGCAAGAGAUCACGAUCACGAUGAGCCGUAUAAGUGUAACAAAUGUGGAAGGCAGUUGAAGGACUUGGCGAAGCUGCAGCUGCACAAGAAAUUGCAUGAGAGAUCCUUCAUCUGCCACUGGUGCGGCAGGAACUUCUCAAAGUUCGACUACCUUCGAAUGCAUAUGCGCACACACACUGGGGAACGGCCUUACCGCUGCAACUGGUGCUCAAAGACCUUCAGCCAGAGCGGGAACAUGAGGAGACAUGAGCGCACGUGCCGGAGUUUCAACGACGAAUCGACAUCGCACGGGCUGGAAGACCAACAGCUGCCCGACCAGUGACCGGUGCGGCUUCGUUGGCAGAACACUGCAGGCAGGCACACCUCGAGAACGAAACUUGAGAGCUGAAAUUGGAUUCUUUUUCAUUAGAUAUAUUGGGAUAUUUAUUGUUUUAUCAAUUAUAUUAGAAAGCUUCCAAUGUUAUGGAAAAUGCAGAGUGCCGAUAUGCUGUUUUACCAACAUUUCUAUGACCUUUUCAGGCUGUUUGUGUGGCCAGUAAGUCGAGAAAAUAUCACGAGAAUGCACGUUUGACCCCUGAGGAAGAUCACGUUGUGUCCAUACCGAGUACCACAAGCUACCGUAUUUCAAGACUGAUGUUUUAACAAUAUAAAUACUCCACAGAGAGCAGUAUCUAGCCAAUGAAAUAGUUUUUUUAGCCAGUGUGUAACUAUGAAAAUGUAUAUUCACUAUAGGAAAGAAUGACAUUCAUAUUAACUUUUGAUCUUUUUUUUUUUUUUUUUUUUUUUGGCCUACACAUUACUAUUUGAAAGUUCCAGGUUUUUGGUGACUUACGAAAAGGAUGAGUUGAAUCUAAAGCAGUACAUUAGGAUACGAAUCGGUGUGGUAGACCAAACAGCAAAAUGUAUUUAAACAAAAAUAUUGUCAGACGAAGACGAUGUAAUUUGAGAGGAUGUAUCUUAUGACUGUCAAAAGAGGAACUUGUAUGUAAAAAGAACCACUUGAAUAAACUAGAUUCAGUUUAAUCUGAG